GUAAUAUGGCUUUAAAUUCAUGAAAAUUUUAAAAGACGUUUGUGCAACUGGCUGUUAGUCACAAAUCCCUUCGCCAUACAUACAAAAGUCAAAAUGACAGUAGAAAGAUUUGUAUUGUUUGUUUAUCGCCCAUAGAAUAAUAGGUAAUAGAGUUAUCGUUUGCUUAUGCUACUAUUUGUUUGUUUAUUUGUACAAUAAUGUGGAUUUGCUGACUUGGAUGAAAGUUAGAUUCAAUUAACCGCUUGGAAUAUAAACUUAUUUUUUUUUAGUAUUCUUUGAAAUAGGAGUGCGUGCAAAAAUGGAUCACAAUAUAUUUAACAUGACUGCGAAGGAAUACAAGAAGUAUCAUGAAUCGUUUAUGGAGAACAACCACGGUUCAACACCGGUGCAUACAUUUCUGUGCAUAUUCUUCACUGUUCAGUGCUCCAUUUUCUGUGCUCUAAAUAUUAAAUAUCCCAUUACAUAUCAAUAUCUUUAUGAAUACAUGGUUAUCGUACUGCCAUUAAUAUUAGCGCAUACUAUUUUAUCCAACUACAUUUACCUCUUGAAUUUUAUAAUAUUUACAUUGUUGCUGAAACACCUUUACACAAUCUAUUCAAAAUUGAAACUACGAAAAACAUACAUAAAAAAGAACUAUUUUAAAAGCAACAAACUACAUUCCAUUUCUUGUUUGAGAGGUUUGACCUAUUUGAUAACUGUAUUCUGUAUAUUGGCAGUGGAUUUUAACAUAUUUCCUAGACAUUUAGCUAAAACUGAAAAUUAUGGUUACAGUCUCAUGGAUACUGGUGUUGGCCUAUUUGUUCUCAUGAGUGGUUUAGUACAUAAGAACUCGAAAAAUAACAAUUUCACAAUGUUAAUAAGAAGUAAUAUUAAAUUUGUAACUAUUUUGAUUAUUUUAGGAGUUGCUCGGUUUAUAUCAAUAAAACAAUUAGAUUAUCAAGAGCAUGUCACAGAAUAUGGUGUACAUUGGAAUUUCUUUUUCACAUUAGCAAUAUGCAAAGUAAUUUCAACUGUUAUUUUAUUAUAUACUAAACAUGCUUUAUUCGCAAGUAUUCUAUUGUUAGUAGUACAUGAAUAUUUACUGAUUAUUGGUUUAGAAAAGUGGGUAUUUGGUGACACACUUAGAACAAACAUAAUAAAUGCUAAUAGAGAAGGCAUAAGCUCUAGUCUUGGCUAUGUCACAUUGUAUCUGUUUGCAGCAUAUUUAAAGUCAGUACUUUUAGAUGAGAAUAAUAAUAGAUAUACAAUACAAAUCAAACUUACUUUAUUCAGUGUUUGUUUCUGGUUGUCAUGUUUUAUUGCUAAUUUCUAUAGACCCGCAUCACGGACUCUAGCUAAUGCUAGCUACUGUCUCUAUUUAGAAUCAGUCCUCCUUAUUGUUAUUACAUUUUUAUAUUUCUUUGAAGUACAAUUUCAUAGUAAUAAUACAGAUUUCUCUGUUCCUUUAAUUUUAUCAGCAGUUAAUGAUAAUGGUCUCUUAUAUUUUUUAGUUGCAAAUUUAUGUACAGGUGCUAUAAAUUUGUCAAUAAACACAUUAUUUGUUUCUCCAAUUGGAGCUUUAUUAAUACUGAAUAUGUAUAUGGUUUUGCUUGUAUGUUUGGUUAUUUGUUUAAAACAAAAUGGGAUAAGAAUUUAAAAGUACACAAUUUCUUAAAUUAUUUGGUAGUUUUAUUUUUUUCUAUCACUAUAAAAUAAAUAUUUUUACAGUAAAUGUUCAUUUAGUUGUAAAUUAUGAUAUUUAAUAUCUAUCAACAAUACAUAUAAUGUCUUAUUUCCAUUUACAUCAGGUAUGUUACUUUGGUAUUUUUAAAUCAAAUAUAAUUAUAUCAAAAAUAUAUCUAAUAUUCAAUUACACUUCAAACUCAAUAAAAAUACUAUAUUAUUAAAUAUAAAAUAAAUAAUAUUUUGUACUUUAUAAAAAAGGACUAUAACAGAACCUGUUUUUUGUCUGUCAUUAAAAAGUUAAAAUCAUCAUCUCAAUUACAGUUUUAUUUACAUGUUUCAUUAUAAACUGUACAUAUACCUAUGUGGCAGCCAAGUGGUUAAAUCAGACGUUAAAUUGGGCCGCUGACCUUCGAUCAGCCAA